AUGACAACUUUCGAUCCUUUACCAGAUGUUGUGAUAGGAUACCCGAAGUUGGCUGCAAAGAUAGAAAUUCUGCCAGAGGCUGCCAUAUACCGCAGAUACGGUGCUCUCAACGCCCAAGACUUACUGUAUCAACAGGCGGAGCUCACAUAUCUGGAGCAAGAGCUUCGUGCCCAGCAACGACUAGACCACGAUGACCAGAAGGGCCACGGAAGGUCAUAUGCAACUAAUUGGAUCUGGUUGAAAAACUCCAAGGCGGAGGGGAACGGGCGCCAACUAGAUCUCGUACUCGAGAUUCGGGAGAAACUGGCAAAGUACAACGAGGCAGUGAUUAAGCAAGCAAAGAUUUUGAAGUACCCAGAACCUACUGCGUGGGAUCUCCAACAUCUCCAAGACUAUCUGGGUAGUAAAGAGAUGGGUACACGUGCAAUGGUUGGUGAGGAUUCGUUGAUCUGGGGGUUGAAGAGCCAAGACAUCUCCCACAAACCAGACCUUGUCGCUCUCCGUCCCCGUGCGAAGAAGGAUGCGUUCUCUAUGUGGGCAACAGAAAGUACCAUCUUCAACAUCUUCAAGUGCGGCUGCUAUAAGUUCAUGAAGCCCUCACCGGUCCAUGGUGCUAUUGGCUAUGAGGAUAGCACAGUCUAUCGGGUCACGUACUGGUUCACCAGCAUCCUAGCCUCUCUUAUCCCGAUAGCCUCCAUCGUCAUACUGUAUCGGGUUCAAUCGAUGGCUGCAAGACUUGGAAUCAUUGCUGCCUUCAAUGUCUUGCUUUCAGUAUGCUUGAUGGGGUUCGCGGGUGCGAAGCGUUCGGAAGUGUUUGCGAUCACUGCCGCUUUUGCUGCAGUCCAGGUUGUCUUCGUAAGUGCAGACAAGAGCACAGCAACCUGCACGCCAUACGGAUCAAACUCAGUGUAG